AUGGGGUCCCUCAAUCCCACCAACACCAACAUCUCCCUCCCCAUCAUCAACAUCUCCCCCACCAACCCCUCCGCUCCAGCACAACUCCUCUCCGCCGCCUCGCAGUACGGCUUCGUCUUCAUCGAAAACACGCCCGACAUCGGCAUCCCGCCCGCGCAAAUCGCACAUCUUUUCGAACUGUCGCAGACGUUUUUCGCGGCGCCGACGGAGGUGAAGGAGCGGGUGUCGAUUGCGAGUAAUGUCGCGGGCAAGAAUCAUGGGUGGUUGAGUCGUGGGGUCGAGACGUUGGAUCCGGGGGUGCAGGUUAGGGCGGAUGUGAAGGAAGCGUUCAACAUAGGCGAACCCAUCAACGGCAAACUCCAACAACCCCUCCCAACACCCCUGCAGCCUCACGCGAGCGAUAUCAUAGCUUUCCAGUCCGCCUGCCACACCUUCUGCCUAACUCUCUUCCGGCAAUUCGCGCGCGCCCUCGCCCUCCCGGACGAAGAAUGGUUUACCUCCCGCCACGACUCCACCUGCGGCCAAUCCGGCACCGUGCUGCGCCUGCUGUACUACCCCUGCACACCAGAGUACGAAGCAGACAUCGACAUCCGCGCGGGCGCGCACUCCGAUUUCGGGUCCGUGACGCUGCUCUUCCAGCUCCCGGGGCAAACGGGGCUGGAAAUUCGCACGCAGGGAGGCGACUGGGCGGGUGUGCCUGUUGAUCCGUCGCGCCAGCCUCCACCACCUAGCAUCACCGACCAACCGCUCCCCAUUUUGAUCAAUUUCGGGGAUCUGCUGGAAGAUUGGACGGGCGGAUUGUUCAAGUCGACGGUGCAUCGCGUUGUUUUCCCGCCUGGCGGAGGGGAGCAGCGGGAUCGGUAUAGUAUUGCGUAUUUCUGCCAUCCGUUGGACGAGGCGAGGUUGGAGGCUGUGCCUAGCGCGGUGGUGGAGGAGUUUGCGGCGCGGACGGGCAAGACGGGCUCCCGAGGCGGGAAGGUGUUGACUGCGCGGGAUCAUUUGAUGGAGAGGUUGGCGAGUACUUAUACGAUUGCGAGGUAA